AUGAACUUCACUGUUACACCAAAGCCACUGAAGCGGACUGAAUGCCGUUCGACUGGCUUUCCUGACGUCAAAGAAUUCGUUGCCAACACAACGGACUGGAAGCCACCACGAGGAGCUUCUUUAAAGGCCUGGAACACGCACUGGAGGCUGCCAACCGCAAAAUGCCGCUGUUUACGAGCUGCGGGCCUGGAGGGGGCCCACUGGAGCUCGAACCUGACUUCCACUUCAGUCUUUGUCAUGAUUUCGAGCGACUACGUGCUGGAGCUGUCCAAUGUGUUCUACUCGGGACAGGUGGAGCCAGGGUCUUGCAUGCAGAGGCUUUUGGGAAGUAUCAAGACCGGGGUGAUUCUCAAAGAUGUGUCUAUGAAGGUGCACUCGGGGGAGGUUCUGGCCGUUUUGGGGUCCAAAGGGAGCGGCAAAAAGGCGCUCCUGGAUGUUAUCUCGCGACGGGUUCAAGGGCCUACCAGAGGGCAAAUUCUGCUCAACAACCAUCCCAUGAAUUUGAGCCUUUUUCAGCAAAGGUGUGGGUACGUCACGCACAAGUGUGACCUUAUUCCGGGCCUGACGGUCGAACAAAACCUUUACUACACCCCGACCAAGUUGACUGGAUAUUUGAAAAAGUCCAAGGUCAAGCAAGUGAUGGCCGACUUGGCCCUGAGCCAAGUGGCCAACCGCUGCACGGAGAACCUAACUCAGAGCGAAUACCGCCGUCUCAUGAUCGGCAUCCAGCUAAUCAAAGACCCCGUGAUCCUCCUCCUCGACGAACCAACUUGGGAUCUGGACCCUUUGAACACCUAUCUCGUCGUCUCAAUCCUCUCCAACGCUUCAAAAAAAUACGGCACUGCCAUAAUCCUCACAAUGGAGAAGCCACGCUCCGACGUGUUCCCCUUUUUAGAAAGAGUGCUUUACUUAUGCCUUGGAGACGUCGUCUACACCGGCGGUACGCGCCAAAUGCUGGAAUACUUCACCGCCAUUGGUUUCCCUUGCCCGCAACUCGAGAACCCGCUCAUGUACUACCUCUGUCUCAGCACAGUUGAUAGAAGAUCGAGGGAACGCUUCGUCGAAAGCAACCACCAGAUCGCAGCUCUGGUCGAAAAAUUCAAAAUCGAAGGUGGAGCGUACCGUAAAGGUUCAAUCACUGGACCUAACCAUAACCUGGACGGUGGCCUGGGCCAUGGGAACAAAGUACCAUUGCUGCUGGGCCGGCCUGGGGCCUGGCAAGUCGGCUGGACCAUCUACAGCCGUUUGUUAGUGGCCACUCUCAGCAUCCAGAAGGCCGGACUACUACGAUUAUUCCUGCGCUUGUUUUUCGUCCCUUUGUUUUUUUUCGUCUUGUGGUUGUUUUACCGCGAUAUGCAGAUGUUCCAGCACACUUUCGUCACCAGGACCGGCUUGGUGCUCAAUUGUUUGUGCGGUGCCUACUUCUUGGGAAUUUUGAAUUCGAUUUUUCUUUAUCCCGUUUUUCGCACCCGGUACUUCCAAGAAUCGCAAGAGGGUCUUUACGGUGGCGCCCUCUUCCUUAUAACUUACAAUCUAGUCUCCAUCCCCUUUUCUUUUGUUUCCGUGGCUGCGGCAAGUGCAAUCUUGUAUCCCCUGAUUGGGAGUUUUGAUGACCCUUCUCAGUACCUGUACUUUGCCCUGGUGUUGUGGGCGUGCUAUAUCUUCGCGGAGCAGCAAACCAUGGCCAUCCUGAUGGUGGUCAAGAGCCACCUAUCAGCCGCCAUCUUCAGCAUCUACAUCACUUGCAUUUGCAUUACUCUAAGUUCGGGGAUUUUGAGGUCGAUCAAAGGGUUACAACAAUGGUUGUACUACCUAACCUAUGCUACUCAAGUGCGGUACGCGUCCGCUUUCCUCAAUCGACAGACGUUUUUAAUUCCGGAACUACUUGAAACACUACCGUACGACCUGAAGCACAAUUGUACCAACAUGAAUUUGAUCGAAACGGCGGCUUCGAGCAGCUCCGGCUUUUGUCGGUACUCAAACGGACAGGAAUUUCUAGUGGAGAGGUACUCAAGGGACAAGACUGACGUUAUUUUCAGCGAUGGAAUCCUCGACUUUGACAUGAACAUUGGGAUCACUUUCGCCUUCGCUCUUGGAAUGGUCGUCUUCAACUUGUUUUUGUACCUAAUCCCGCUUCCGGCCUUCGUCAAGGCCAAGUUUCGCGAAUAAAACACAAGAUUUUUUUCAAAA